AUGUUCAUUGGGGUAUAUUUGAUGUACAAUGGCAGGCCCCCAAUUAAUGAUUCUGGCCCAAUUCCAGAAAAUACUGAGAUACCAAUUUCACAACCAUCAUCACCCCAUCACAGUCAUGUAAAUAUACCUGCAGAAGAUGAAUCAGAAAAUGAAGAAGAGGUUCCAAUUGCUACUUUGAGGGCAAGGUUGAGGAAAAAUGCCCAGGCCACCCAACCCAGCAAGAGAAUAAAGAUCACAAUGGCUGCAAAGGGGAAAGAAAAGAUCCCUGAAAGAACUUCCAAGGCCCCAGUUGAAGCAGCUCCAAGAAAGUCUGUCAAGAGGAAAGCCCCAGAGCAGGCCCUCAAGAUAAAAAUUGGAAAGGGCAAGGACAAAGCUACUAAGUCCAGUGAUUCACCACCUGAUGUGAAGCCCCCACAAAAAAAAAAGAAAACCCCUGCUGAGCCCUGUGUCAAAGUCAGGCAAAGUACUGCUCCAUUCAAAGCCUUCCUUGCUGCUAUUGCUAAUCAACCACAGAAGAGGCAAGCAAUCAUUGAUAUGGGCUUUGGCGGUCUACUGGAAUUAGACAUGCCAAAGAAUGACCCUAUCUUCUGUGCUAGGCUUCUUAGCAGAUAUUCUGUUGGUAGUGGAUCCCUCAUGCUUCGCCGAGGUAGGGAAAUUGAAAUCAGAGAUAUCGAUGUGCACUUGGUGUAUGGGAUUCCACUGGGAGGCUUGUUGGUUGAUGACAACAAGGAUAAUGAUGCUGCUGACUACAGGCUUAUGCUGGAGGAGUGGAGGGAAUAUGUUGGCGUCCAGAGGGGUUCCCCAUAUGUUUCUACGAUGGCGACGCAACUUGCUGAUGCCGCAGUGCCAGUAACGGACAAUUGGAAGAGGACCUUCCUAGUCGUGGCCGUUAACUGCUGCAUUAAAUCAACGCUCAACCCCCAACCUCUCACAGGUUUCUUGUCAACUACCAUUGACGUCAACAACAUCCCAAACUACAACUGGUGCAAGUACACCAUUGAAUCAUUGCUUCAUUCAGCUUGUUCUUGGCAAGAGGACACCACUAGAUUCUUUGCUGGUCCUCUGCCUUUCUUACAGGUCUGCUAUUUCGACCGUCUACAGAAAGAACUCCACAAGCCUCCCCGUGCAUUCCCGCUCCUCUCUGUAUGGAAGCGGGAACUUAUCCGCAGCAGGAUUGAUUACGAGUUCCGGUCGGGACUUGCCAUGGGGACUGUUCUGCCAAGGAUCCCUGCUCCCAUGCACGGGCAGCAAGAUGAUGAACAACAACAACAACAGCAACAACACAGACAACAACAACAACCACACCAUGAACAGCAACAACAACCACCCACUGACCUUGAGACUUGGAAAUCAAACUUAAUGAAUGUUUGUUCCAAGUUCACGGCAAAUCUCAUUGAGUUGACGGCAUUACUCAACCAAGGCCCGCAACUCACUGGUGAUCCCAUGGUCAGCAGCUUUGCUCCAACCAUUCUUCAGGCGAUUUGCACUCGCUACGAGAAUGCCGCACAACCACCAAACCAUCCUCCUCCCCCCCCCCCUCUCAAUGAUCAAGACAAUCCCUCCAUUAUGAGUCAAGACAGCGCUUUCUUCCUCUCAUCACAGCUUUGGGAAAUUGUGGACCAAGCUGUACAAUCACGUCUGAAGUCACAAGAACCAGUAUGUGAUAUUGAGGCCCCAAGUUUCAACCUGAACUUGGAGUUGGGUGUCGGGAGGCCAUCAGCGCGACAAGAUCAACCAUCUUCAUCAUUUUCCCCAAUCCUAUCACUGGCUGAUAUUUUUAAAGAUCACGACGACAUACAUGUUGAUAAACUCUUCCCCACCACCAAGUCUAACACUGAUCCGCCUAUGGGGUAAUCCCUAUGUGGACUAAUUUUCCUACUGUUCACUUGACUCAUUGUCCCCGGAUUUUACUAAUUUCCUAACA